AUGUCUCCAAGCGAAGUCCCUUCAAAAGAUGAUGAUUUCAACCCAAUCAGGGCCAGAGCACACUAUACAAACGGUGUCAAUGGUACAGCCAACGCCCCAUUACCGCACUUGAUGGAAGCUCUUUACUCAGAAUCUGUUGUGGCCAAAAUAUGGAAUAUAGCGAGCAAGGCACUUUCAAGUAGCAAACCACCCGUCCUUUACCCUGAAUACACCGAUAACAAUGGCACAUAUGUCUACCGCACCCUAGACUUCUGGACAUCGGGCUUCUUCCCCGGAUCGAUGUAUCUCCUUCUUGAACGCUUGAUCCGUCAUCCCCAAAGCAUCCCUGGAUCCGAAUCGACCGACAAUCAGUCCACGCCAAGACCGCACCGUCUUCAAUUGGAACAUCUUUGCCGUUGGUGGACCACAAAUCUCCACCAAAAUGCUCUAAAGCGAGACACCCACGACUUGGGCUUUAUGAUUGCACCAUGGGCGAUGCGAGCUUGGGAGCUGCAGCGCGAUCCCGCCGCAUACAAUAGCCUCGUAAUGGCAGCGCAUUCACUCGCUAGCAGGUUCAACGUCAAGACGCAGUGUCUCCGCAGCUGGGACGUAUGCAUCACAAACCGGUACUCAUACACCGACCCAUCCCAGGAUUUCCUGGUAAUUAUCGACAAUAUGUUGAACUUGGAUCUCCUUUUCUGGGUCGCACGAGAAACCUCCCAUGCAGAACUAUACAACAUUGCUCUGGCGCAUGCUCGAAUGACACAGAAGCAUCAUAUUCGUGAUGAUCACUCUACCUUUCAUGUUGUUAAUCUUGAUGCAGAUACGGGUAGUGUCAAAGCCAAAUUCACCAACCAGGGAUUCAGUGAUUCAAGUUGUUGGGCACGAGGCCAGGCGUGGGGAAUCAUGGGCUUUAUGCAGACGUUCGAAUGGACACAGGAAGAUUCAUUUCUGACCACGGCGCGGGGCUUGGCUGAUUACUUCAUUGCUCACCUGCCACUGGAUGGAGUACCGUAUUGGGACUUUACGGCGCCGGUCACUGAAGCGAGCCCACGUGAUACGUCUGCUGCAAUGGUCGCUGCUUGUGGCAUGCUGCUUCUGCAUAAAGCAUUGAAAGGCACUCCAGAUGGUGACUUCUAUCUGUUCGAGGCAAUCAAACUAGUUGAUUGCACGGUCGCAAUGUUCUUGACGCCUCCCACAGCUCGGUUUAUCACUGUACCUUCCACUUCUGAUGUUUUGGUUUAUCCAUACGGAUGUAUCGAUGGGCGGGAUGGAGACGGAUUUGAUACCAUAAGUGUCAUAGAUGAAUCGAGCACGAAGAAUUGCGAGACAAUCAUGCAAGGGGCCACAAUUAACAACUAUGAGUUUGCGCCAAGACGCUGGUCGAAUCAUGGGUUGGUAUAUGCGGACUAUUAUUUUCUGUUGUUUGGCAAUAUGCUGCUUGAUUUGGGGUUGACCGGCACCACGAGAUGCUAG